AUGGAUACAGAUAACACAAUUUCAAGUAAGUAUGAAGUUGACCUUCAAGCAAGUGAACAUCAAAGGUGUGCUGAAGAAAGAGAAAAAAGGAAGUAUGUUCUUCAACAAAAGAGAAACAACAGAGGUUGUCAUCCUGCAUCAACAUCCGAUUCUAUUGAAAGGAUUCCAUUUUCAAAUACUUCAAGUGCUUCAACCACCAAUGUCGAAAGAAGGAAUGCGUAUCACCUUCCUACUUAUGCUACCCCAGAUAUUAGUAGUAAUGUGUGUCACUCAUCUACAAAAGAAAAAGAUUCAUUAAGAAAAAUCUCAUCAAGGAAUGUACAUCACACUCCUUUUGGGAGUACUAAGCUAACAUCCUAUUUUGUUGAGAAGACUCCAUUAUCAGAUAUUACAAAUUGUGGAAUAUCUAAAAUUGAAUUACCAAUGAGUGAAGAGAUGUUAGCAGAUUCUGUGGUAAAGAAGAUUCAUGAAAUUUCUAAAGAUUAUAUUGAUCAUGGAGAUGCCAUCUUUGUGUGUUCUAAAUGUGAUGCAAUGUUAUGGGAAGAUGAAAUGCUUAGGGGAAAUAAAAAACGUAAGAAAACAUCCUAUUCUCUUUGUUGUUCAAAUGGAGAUGUUGAGCUACCAUCACCGCUUACACCUCCUCCAUUACUACGUCAUUUAUAUAAAAGUCAUACCUCACAGUCUCGCAAUUUCAUGGAUAAUAUUCGAGCAUAUAACAUGAUGUUUUCCUUCACAUCUCUUGAUGGGAAGGUUGACAAAAGUUAUCAGAGAAGUAAAGGUCCUUAUGUAUUUAGACUACAAGGUCAGAAUUAUCAUCGAAUGGCUAGUCUACUUCCGGACGAUGGGGAAGAACCCAAAUUCUCACAGGUUUACAUAUAUGAUUCACAAAACGAAGUGGUAAAUCGUCAAAAAGCAGUAAGUUCUCAGAUAGAAUUCAAAACUACAAGAAACAAUCAGCUUGAUAGUACAACCAUCAAGGGUCUUAAAGAUAUGUUGGAUUCUUGCAAUCGUCUUGUCCAGUCCUUCAGAAUGGUAAGAGAUUGUUUUCAAGAAAAUGAGUUUCAAGAUGUAAGUUUGAAGCUUAUUGGAACAAGAGAUAAGGAUGGAAGAGUUCACAAUUUGCCAACAACAUCAGAAAUUGUUGCGUUAAUAACUGGUGAUUUUGAUGGAGCAUUUGAUAAACAGGACAUUGUUGUUAGAAAGAAGUCUGGUGGUCUUCAAAGAAUUAGUGAGCUUCAUCCCUCUUACCUUGCUUUGCAAUAUCCACUUAUUUUCCCAUAUGCAGAAGAUGGUUAUAGAGUUGGUAUUAAACAUAGAGGGAUUGCGAUUGAUAAUGAGCAGUUUUUGGUUGAUGGAUACACGAUGAUAGAAUCUGCCAGGUUGAAUUAUAUAAGGACACAACAACCUAAACUUAGAACGCAAAGUCUUAAGAACUUGAAUGCUACUGUUGAACGUGGAGAGAAUAAUGCCUCAAGUUGUGGUAAACCUAUACUUUUACCUUCAUCAUUUACUGGUGGUUCUAGAUAUAUGAUGCAAAACUACUUGGAUGCUAUGGCAAUUUGCAAGUCUGUUGGAUAUCCCGAUUUAUUCAUAACGGCGACUUGUAAUCCAAACUGGCCUGAGAUUUACAGGUGUUUGCACGAUAAAGCUCUUAAUGCUGAAGACAGACCGAAUAUUAUCUCUAGAUUAUUCAAGUGUAAAUUGGAUCAUCUUAUAAAAGAUUUCAAGAAAGAUAAAUUCUUUGGUGAUAUACAAGCAGUUAUGUAUACAGUGGAAUUUCAGAAGCGUGGACUCCCAUAUGCUCACAUAUGUUUGUUCUUGGGUGCUGAAAGCAAAUUUCCAACUGCAUCUGAUAUUGAUCGUGUUAUUAGUGCUGAGAUACCAGAUAAAGAAAGAGAUCCUGAAUUAUAUGAGCUUGUCAAGCAAUUUAUGAUUCAUGGACCAUGUGGUACAAACAACCCACUUUGUCCAUGUAUGGUUAAGCAAAAAUGUUCUAAAAAGUUUCCAAAAAAAUAUGUAGAUGAGACUUGUGUUGAUUCUGAAGGAUAUCCUGUCUAUCAUCGUCGUCAAACAAGUAAUACAAUAGUAAAGAAUGGUGUGACACUUGAUUAUAGAUUUGUAGUUCCUUACAAUGCUCUCUUGCUCAGAAAGUAUCAGUCCCACGUUAACAUUGAAUGGUGCAACCAGUCAGGUUCUAUAAAAUAUUUGUUUAAAUAUAUUAAUAAGGGGCCUGAUAGAGUCACUGCUUCUGUUUUUCAAGCCAAUAGCAUCAAGAAUGAUACGGAACAGAAUGUAGCUGUAGAUGAGAUAAAAUCAUACCUUGAUUAUAGAUAUAUCUCUACUUGUGAAGCUGCUUGGAGAAUAUUCAUGUAUGAUAUACAUUAUAGAUCUCCAGCUGUUGAAGUAUUACCUUUUCAUUGUGAAGAUGGUCAGAGUAUUGUGUAUAACGAUCAUGAUAAUUUGUGUGAUAUUGUUACUGAUCCAACUGUGAAAAUGACAAUGUUCACAGAGUGGAUGAAUUGUAAUAAAGUCGAUGAAUUUUCCAGGACAUUGAGGUAUGUUCAGUUUCCGAGAUAUUAUGUAUGGAAUACUAAAAAUCGCAAGUGGAAUCGAAGAAAGCAUCUGUAUGGAUCAAUUGGGAGGAUACAUUAUGUCCCACCAUCACUUGGUGAUUGUUAUUACCUAAGGAUUUUACUGAAUCAUAUUAAGGGACCAACCUGUUUUGAAGAUAUAAAAAGAGUUGAUGGGCAGGUUUUUCAAACAUUUAAAGAUGCAUGUUUUGCACGGGGACUGUUGGAUGAUGAUAAAGAAUAUGUUAAUGCUGUCAAAGAAGCUAUCACAUGGUCAACCAGAGAUUUCUUGAGGACUUUUUUUAUUUGGAUCUUUAACAAGAAGAACUUGAAAAUAUUUGUCUAUCUGAAAUUGAAAGGUUGCUACUUACCAAUGGAAGUACAACUAGCUCUUCAAAGGGAACAUGAUUGUUAUGUAAAGUGUUUAACUGCCAAACAGGAAAGGAUAUAUAAAAUUGUUAUGGAAGCGAUUGAAAAAGGUGAUGGAGGUGUGUUUUUUGUAUAUGGUUAUGGUGGAACUGGAAAGACGUUUCUUUGGAAGACAUUCUCAGCUGCAUUACGAUCAAAAGGUGAAGUUGUAUUGAAUGUUGCAUCCAGUGGAAUUGCUUCACUUUUGCUGGAUGGUGGUAGAACUGCUCAUUCAAGGUUUGUAAUUCCAAUCAACAUUAAUGAGAAUUCGAUAUGUUCGAUAGAGCCUAAUACUGAGUUAGGUGAGUUAAUUAAAAGAGCAACAUUGAUUAUUUGGGAUGAAGCACCUAUGACUCACAAGCAUUGUUUCGAGGCUCUUGAUAGAACAAUGAGAGACAUAUCACGCUCCAGUCAACCGAAUAUGCAAUCCAGGCCGUUUGGGGGAAAGGAAGCAGAUUUGAAAGAAAUAAAGGAAUUUGGAGAAUGGAUUUUAAAGCUUGGUGAUGGUCUGCUUGGUGAAGAAAAUGAUGGUGAGAUUGAUAUUGAAAUACCAGAUGAUUUACUUAUUCAUGACCAAUUGCCUGUUGAAGCUGUGUUGUUGCAAGUUCUAGAAGCUCCGGGUCUCCACGAAUGGUUUGAAGGAGCCAUAGAAGCUGGAAAUCCCUAG